AUGUACUGGCCCACCUCGGCAGCCAGGAUCCUCGCGGUCCCGCAGCCCCUGGGCCAGGACGACCUCAUCACGCUCAAGCAGAGCCGGCGGGGAAACUACUUUGCGUCCUUGUCGGCGACGACUAUCGGCAUCUGGGAUGUGCGGCCGACGGUGCUCCAGACUGCCGUGGUGCGGAGCAAGGAGAGCAUCGAGAGGUGGGGCGCGAACCAGGACGUGAUCUGGACGUAUGACUCGCGCGGUGUGAUCAUUUUGACGACAAUGUCCCACCUCCUCAUCUACCAGCUAGUUCCUACUGGACAGCCGGCGUACGAGUCUGCCCCGACGCCCUCCUUCCCCUCAUCUGGGGCCGGCGAGGGUGACUUGCUGGCCGGAUACGAGCUCAAGCCCACGGGCGUGGCAUUCGUGAUGGGCCGGUGCCAGAGCGUGCUGGCGCAGCAGCACAACCUCCUUCUAUCACUACAGCACCCGCCAGCAAUCCUAAACGUCCCCUGGCCCAUUCCACAGCAGCUGCUUGCGGCACCGGGCUCGCACUUCCCGCCGCUCCCACUCGACGGCGACACGGAGGAGCAGGUCGAGUGCGAUAUCUGGGACUUGACAGAAGCCAAGGCGUGGAUCAAGCAGGAGGAGCGCGUGCCUGUUCCCCUCUCGAUCACAGCCACCCGCGUGCACGGCCAGCCGACGACAUACACGAUCCUCAUGGACGACGGGCAAGUCUACGCCAUGCACCACGUGCUCCAGCUCGAGCUGGUACGUGCCGAGCGCGGGUUCGCUGGCGCUGGCGCGGACCGAGUGGGGCGGUACAACCCCGAUAAAGACAAGUUUAUCGGGCAGAUGGUGUAUCCCCUGCCGCGGCCUAGACAGUCGAUCGACGAGGGGAUGAAGAGCCUCGGGCUCGGAGCGCCGAGCCCCCCAGCAGCGGUGGAGGACAAGGCCGUGCACGUCGCGGUCAACGGGCGGCUGGGGUGGGUGUCCAUCGGAACAGCUAGCGGGCUGGUACACAUUGUCAUCCUCCCGCCCCACCCCAGACGAGCGAGAUUCUCGCACACGUUUGAUCUGAAGCACUCGGCCAACCUCCGCUUCUCGCCCGGCGCGGUGACCUCUCUCGAGUGGACGAGCGACGGGUAUGCCCUCGCUGUUGGCUACGAGCGGGGCUGGGCGGUCUGGAGCAUGGGCGGCCGACUUGGCGGCUGGGGUGCUGAGGCUCUUGCGGACGAGGAGGCGUGGCCCGACAGCUUUAUGAACGGGGCGAAGACUUUGUUCUGGGCACCGGGCAACCUCGACCUCUUCCUCCUCACCCCCACGCAAGACAUCUACGCGCUCCCCUUUGUCAAGUCUGCCACUACGGGGCAGCACUCGCCAGAUAACACCCGCUACGCCUUCCUACAGAUGGACGACCGCGUGCUCGUGUACCGCGGAGCCGACCAGCCCGACAUGAGCGUCAUCAACCCCGAGUCAGACGUGUGGCAGCACGUGCACAUCCCAACAGUGUACAUUGCGACCAACUGGCCGAUCCGGUACGCGAGUAUCUCGAAUGACGGACGCUUCAUCGCUGUCGCCGGCAAGCGCGGGCUGACGCACUACUCUGCUGCGUCGGGGCGCUGGAAGCUGUUCGCGCAUGAGCGCGAGGAGCGCGCGUUUACCGUGCGCGGAGGGCUUCUAUGGUUCCACCACGUUCUCAUUGCCGCUGUUGAAGUGGACAAGAAGUACCAGAUCAGGCUGUACUCACGCGACCAAGAUCUGUCCGAGGCCAACGUGCUGCAUGCGCAAAACCUCCCAUCACAAGUGCUCGUAACGACGCUACUCGACAACUCGCUACUAGUCUACACGGCCGACGGCAUGCUCUACCACUUCCUCAUCCUGCCGACGCGCGACUCGAUCCGGCUGCAGUUAUGCGGCUCGAUCGGGUUCUCUGGGCUAAUCAGUGUCCCAUCUCGUGUGCGUGCACUGUCCUGGAUGAUCCCCGAGGCGCAGAAACGGCUCGGCGACCCGGCCGACGAUUUAAUCGUCGCCACGAUCAUCUUCCUCGUCGACGGGCGCUUCGUGCUCCUCAGACCGAGAAAGGCAGGCAACGACGAGGUCCGCUACGACAAGCAGGUGCUCGCGGACCGCAUCGAGAGCUACUGGACGCACCUGCACGGCGUGGGCACGCUCGAGAACUCGCUGUGGGGCUACGACGGCGAGCGGAUGCGCGUGUGGCUCGACGCGCUGACGAUCGAGGGCGCCACCGUCGACCCGGACAAGGACACGUACGAGACGGUGCAGGAGAGCAUUGCGCUCCGCCUCGACUUUUACCCCCUCAGCAUCCUCAUGGACAAGGGCAUCAUCAUCGGCGUCGACUACGAGAUAUCCACCCGCUCGCUGCCCUUCGUCCUCUUCAAGACCCAGACUAGCACACACCUCUUCCUCCCCCAGUUCCUGCGGUACCACCUCGACGCGGGGCGUGUCGACGCCGCGAUGGCACUCGCGGCCAACUACAAGAACCUCGUGUACUUUGGCCACUCGCUCGAGGUCCUCUUACACUCGGUGCUCGAGGACGCGGUGGACGCAAGGCGCGCAGCUAGCAGCAGCAGCGAGAAGGAAAAGCCACCCACGCACACCACGCUCGCGCUCGUCACCUCCUUCCUCGACCACUUCCCGCAGUCGCUCGACGUUGUCGUCGGAUGCGCGCGCAAGACCGAGCUUGAGCAUUGGGGCAUCCUCUUCGAGCAGGUCGGCCGCCCUCGUGACCUCUUCGAAAAGUGUAUCCGCGCCAACCAGCUGCGCACGGCCGCGUCCUAUCUCCUCGUCAUGCACACGCAGGAAGAAGACGAUGACGUGGCGGAUACCAUUAGGCUGCUGCGUCUGGCCAUUGGCGCGCGCGAGACGCAGCUGUGCAAGGAGCUGCUCCGCUUCCUGCGGAGCAUUGACGAGAGCGGCGCGGCGCUCAAAGCUGCAGUGGACGAGGUGGGCAUCUUCGCAGCUAUAGACUAA